AUGGAUUACGAGGAUGAAACUACAGAAAAACUUGAGAUAGAAGUUGAAAAAGGAGUGGAACAAGAAAUAUCUGAAUCCAUAUUAUUUAAACAAUAUGCAGCAGUUAGUAGAGACGAAUCAUUUAUAGCUGUUUUUGAUAAUCCCAUAUUAAAAUUAUACGAAAUUAAAUUUGAUGAAAAAUAUAAAACUAUUUCCGGUUCUUAUACUGAACGAUUAAUAUUUGAAAAUGAUCAAUAUGCCUUGAUGGAAUCUAAAGAUUUUUCAAGUUUGACAGUUGCUGUAUCAAAUGAACUUACUUUUAAUGAAGCAAAAUUUAGAGUGGUUGCUAUAUCUUGUAUAUCUCAUAAAGAUAUGUACAAAGAUUAUGAUGGUGAGAACGGUUUUACUAAAUUAUGGACAAUUACAUACGACUCAGAAAAAAACGACUAUGAAGCUACAGAUUGUUCACUAGACAUAGAACAUGGUGGAAUAAUUCAAUUUCUUUCUGAAAUGACUACUGAAUACACACAAUUUACACUUCUUCUUUUAAGAGAAUCUGGAAUUUAUAAAUAUAAAUAUAGUUUACGGCAUUCAUAUUAUUACUUUCAAUCUUUCCUUCGUGAUGAUACGUUAGCAUUAGAAUAUUCCGAAAGAAUAUAUAAUGCUUUAAAAUAUAAUUGCAGUGAUAAUAUUAGUAAACAUUUGACUGUCCCAAAAAGCGAUACUGCACGUAGAUAUCUUUUAAGAUGCUUAAGUAGGCAUUUUUUGUUGAGGCAUAAAUCUGCUUUAUCUAUUUUGGAUCGUGAAAAACCUGGUGCGUUUGCUGUAUCUAAUGAUGAAAAGUUAUUGGCUUACGUAUCUGGAAAUGACGUUAAGAUCUAUUCGAUAGAAAAUGGCCUAGAAUUAUCUUCUAUAACAACGGCCGUUUGGGAUAUUUUUGAUACUGUUAGAGAUUCUAUUGGAUUUCAAUCUUUGGAUAAAGCUACAG